ACUAGAAACUAUAAUGUGUAGACCUGUUCUGACCAUAGAUUGCACUAAGUUUGAUGAAGUGAACACUUAAGUCUAUUGUUGUAUUGUUUGGUUAGCUCCUCAUCAAAUAUCUAUAGUCGAAUCACUAGCCAUUGCAGUUGUUGGCGUGGAUUAUGUUUUUGACCUUCAAAUGGAGUGGCAUCGGUAGAGGACAAGAUGCGGAAGCGAGGCUGAGAUGGUUUGGACAUGUCCAGAGGAGAUGCACUAACGCACCAGCGGAGGUGUGAGAGGUUGGCUAUGGACGGUUUCAGGAGAGGUAGAGGUAGGCCGAAGAAGUAUCCGGGAGAGGUGAUUAGACAGGACAUGACGCAGUUUCAGCUUACCGAGAACAUGACCUUACUAGGAGGUUACGGAGGACACAAAUUAGGGUAGAAGGCAGGUAGUCGUGUUUUUCCUUUGAAGGAUUGAGAUCACGAUUUCAACUCCCAGAUCCGUUUAUGCACCUGCUGUUAUAUAUGGACUGAGACAUAUAUUUCAUGGGAGGCGCAGAGGAUGAUGAACCACUCUCAAAACGUGUGAAAAUAUCAUUUGGAGAAUCAGCAGAUCGUUCGAACGGCACACUUUUUAGGGAUCCUGCAAGUUGCUCGAUGGUUCGUCCUCUGGAAAUUCAAGGGGACGAUGAGAUUGUUGGUACAAAAGGAGUUGUCAAGAAAGCCGAAUUUGUUCGGAUCAUAGCCGAGGCAUUAAAUUCUCUUGGUUAUACGAAGACGGGGGCGUAUCUAGAGGAAGAGUCGGGGAUACCUUUGCAUCCCUCUCCAGUAAAUUUAUUCAUGCAGCAAAUCCUUGACGGGAAAUGGGAUGAAAGUGUAGCCACAUUGCAUCAAAUCAGUCUCGUGGAUGAAAAAAUUGUGAAGUUGGCAUCUUUUGUGAUACUGGAGCAAAAAUUCUUUGAACUGUUAGAGAGGGGAAAAAUCACGCAUGCUUUGAAGACAUUGAGGACUGAGAUUGCACCUCUUUGCAUAAAUAACGAUAGAGUCCGCGAGCUUUCAUUAUGCAUUAUAUCACCUUCACAACAGGUUGUGAAAAUAAAAUCAAGGACAAAGCUACUAGAAGAAAUGCAAAGACUGCUCCCCCCUUCAGUCAUGAUUCCUGAAAAAAGAUUGAUCCAUCUUGUUGAACAGGCCCUUCAAUUGCAACUAGAAUCUUGUAUGUAUCACAACUCAUUAGCCACUGAAAUGUCAUUGCUCACUGAUCACGAGUGUGGAAUAGAUCAGAUUCCAUCUCGAACUUUGCAGAUAUUACAAGAACACAAAGAUGAAGUCUGGUUUUUGCAGUUCUCUCAUAAUGGGAAGUACUUAGCCUCAUCAUCUGCCGAUUGUUCGGUUAUUAUAUGGGAGAUGAAGUUGGAUGGGAGGUUCUGCCUGAAGCACCGAUUUUCUGGUCACGAGAAGCCUGUGUCAUAUAUCUCAUGGGGCCCAGAUGACAAUCAGCUUCUCACUUGUGGAGAAGAGGAGGUUGUUAGACGGUGGGAUGUGAGCUCCGGUGAAUGUAUACAUACUUACAUGAAACAUGGUCUUGGUUUGACCUCCUGUGGAUGGGCUCCAGAUGGCAAAAGGAUAUUUUGUGGUGUUACUGACAAAAGCAUUAGCAUGUGGGAUCUUGCAGGGAAAGAGCUGGAUUGUUGGAAAGGCCAUCGGAUUAGUAGAAUAGCAGAUUUGGAGAUAACAAGGGAUGGGAAACACAUGGUCUCUGUUUGUAAAGAUAAUAUGAUACUAUUAUUUGGAUUGGAAUCAAAAGAAAAGCGAAUAAUUCAGGAGGACAAAGCAAUAACUUCAUUUGUAUUGUCCGCAGACAGUAGAUAUAUAUUGAUAAGUCUUUGGAACGAAGAAAUACAUCUUUGGAGUAUAGAGGGGAGUAUAAGACUUAUAGCCAUAUAUAAAGGGCAUAAACGAGAACGCUUUGUCGUACGGUCUUGCUUUGGUGGAAUAGAUCAAUCUUUCAUUGCCAGUGGGAGUGAGAAUUCACAGGUAUAUAUAUGGCACAAAUGCUCAUCACAAGUCAUUGUGGAGUUGGCUGGACAUUCUGGGACUGUCAACUGUGUUAGUUGGAACCCAGCAAAUCCUCAUAUGCUCGCAUCAGCAAGCGAUGAUCGUACUAUUCGCAUAUGGGGCUUGGCUGGUGGAAACAUGAAGCACAAUGGCAAUGCAACUGGAACUGUUAGUAAUGGUGUGCACUACUGCAAUGGCGGAUCGUGAAGUCUCGGAGGUGAAUGGGCGAGUGAAACAUUACAAGAUUUCUUUCAUUGACCAUUCGCUUUCUAUGUACAUUCGUUUACAUCAUCAAGCUUAACAUUUUCGAUAAACAAGAACAUGCAUAUUGCAUUCAGUCCGGCAAUAAAUCAUGAACUUCUCCA